AUCUACUUCCGGUAGGUGUCAAAUUAUCUCCCUUGAGGUAAACAAAGUAAUACAGCAUGUUGACUACUGUAACAAGAGCUGCAUCUAGAAUCAACAUAAUCCCAGUAGCUAUUAAGUACCUACUGACAGCAAGUACAACUUCAAGGCUUUUAGUGGCUGGAUCACAGAAUGUGUGUACUAGUCCUGUCAGUUGUACUGAUGAAGUGAAAAAGGCUCAGACUGCCACUAAAUCAAGGGAACCUACAAUCUUCAGUAAAAUCAUCGACAAAUCUAUUCCUGCUGACAUUAUUUAUGAAGAUAAUGAGUGUUUAGCUUUCAGAGAUGUCAGUCCACAAGCACCUGUCCAUUUCUUAGUGAUUCCAAGGAAACCAUUGACUGGUAUAGAUGAUGCUGUAGACACAGAUGAGAAGCUUUUAGGCCACUUACUUUUGGUAGCAAAGAAAGUUGCAGAACAAGAAAAAUUGGAGAAAGGAUAUAGAAUAGUAAUAAACAAUGGACCAGAUGGCUCUCAAUCAGUUUACCAUCUUCAUUUACAUAUAAUGGGAGGGAGACAAAUGGAAUGGCCACCAGGAUAAAGUAUCAACUGAUUGACUUUUAUAUAUAUCAUUGUGGUGCUAAAUAUUUAACACUAAAAGUGCUUGUGCUUUUUAUAUUACAUUUACAACAAUGUCUAAAUACAUGAAUUUAAACAGAUAAAGUGAUACUUUAAAUUGA